AUGGACCAUGCGGAGAGUCCAGCAUCUUAUCAAUUUGUGAGGAGGACAGGCACACAACUGCUCAGUCACUACCUGAGGAAACAGCAUAUUUGGAGAGUUCCAAAAGUAAGAAGACAAAAACUUCCCAGAGCCGAGAUUCAUCCGUGGGAAGGGCGUCUGCUCGGGGCCAGCCGCCAGGUGGAACCCUGGGCAGAGCAGUGUGGCGGAGUCGAGGGAAGAUGCGCAAGAAAGGCACCUUGCAAGGGGAAGGGGAAGAAGGAGGAGCAGGUCAUCAGCCUCGGGCCUCAGGUGGCUGAAGGUAAGAAUGUCUUCGGGGUCUGCCACUUCCUUCCGUCCUUCAAUGACACCUUUGCCUACGUCACUAACCUUUCUGGCAAGGAAACCAUCUGCCGUGUGACUGGCUGAUUGAGGUUAUCUUCACCACACGCUGCCAUGUUGGCUGCCCAGGAUGUGGCCCAGAGGUGCAAAGAGCUGGGCAUCACUGCCCUACACAUCAAACUGCAGGCUGCAGGAGGAAAUAGGACCGAAACCCCUGCACCUGGAACCCAGUCAGCUCUCAGAGCCCUUGUCCGCUCAGGGAUGAAAAUUGGGCAAAUUGAGGAUGUCACCCCCAUCCCCUCCGACAGCACCGGCAGGAAGGGGGGUUGCCGUGGUCGCCGCCUAUGAGCAGGACUCCCCACAUUAUUUUCUGUUAAUAAAUGGUCAUUAGGUUCAAAAAAGA